UUUGGUGCCAGUAGUAUAUCUGUGCAUCCUCCUUGUGAGAGCAGAGCGUGCCGGUUGCUGUAGCACCAGUAACGACUGCAUUCCCAGGGACGCUGUCACGGGAGGUUUGGCUGGAAAAGGAAAGCUUGUGGUUCUUGUGGCUGCUUUCUGUUACAGGUCCCCUCCUGGUCAGCUUCACUCCACACACACUCCUCCCUGUAACACACACUCUUAACUUUACCUCAGGGCCAACAGAAAGUGCUCAGCGUUAUCAAACACAACCUGUCAACCAUUUAAAACACAAACACUUUCCACUCCACACACAAGCACUAGCAGGUUCACUCUCCACAAACACACACUCACCUUUUACCUCAUCAGCAGCAUCAUGCUGAGCCAGGAGUUCUUGCAGAAGUUGAAGUUGCCAGUUCUGGAUGAUGUCAGCCAGUACAUCAGGAAUGUGUCCACCCCAAUGUUAGUCAGCAUGGGAGCGGUGGCUGCUGCGACAACCUACUACCUGGCAACACGGCCCAAGGCCCUCCUGCCACUCUGCGACCUCAACAUGCAGUCAGUUGAGAUUCCGGGCGGAGAGUUUGCUCGACGAUCAGCUCUGCAGAAUGGAGACAGUCACCUAACACACGUCUACGAUGAUGCCAGAACAAUAUAUGAGUUCUUCCUCAGAGGGGUCCGACUCUCCAAUAAUGGUCCCUGUCUGGGCUCCAGGAAACCAAAGCAGCCCUAUGAAUGGAUGUCCUACAGAGAGGUAAUGGAGCGAACAGAGAAUCUGGGUUCGGCAUUUCUCCACAAAGGACACUCCAAGACCACCGACCCCCACAUUGGCAUCUUCUCUCAGAACAGACCGGAGUGGACCAUCAGUGAGCUGGCAUGUUACACCUAUUCUCUGGUGUCAGUGCCUCUGUACGACACUCUGGGAACAGAAGCCAUCAGCUACAUCAUAGACAAAGCUUCCAUCUCGACUAUAGUGUGUGACGUAGUGGAUAAAGCUAACCUCGUACUGAACUGUGUCGGGGACAGGGAACACACUGUGAAAACCAUCGUGCUCAUGGAGACCCCCAGUGACGAGCUGGUCAACAGGGGAAAAGAGGCUGGAAUCCACAUCCUCAGCCUGCAGGAGAUGGAGGCCAUCGGGAAGGCCAACCAUCACCAACCAGUGCCUCCACAACCUGACGACCUGGCCAUUAUCUGCUUCACCAGCGGAACAACAGGAAACCCUAAGGGAGCUAUGAUCACACAUAAGAACAUUGUGUCCAACUGCUCAGCUUUCAUCAAACUGACAAAGGUUUCCUGUCCAAUAUCUCCCAGUGACGUCCAUAUAUCCUUCCUGCCCCUGGCUCACAUGUUUGAGAGAGUAGUACAGGCACUGAUGAUAGUGGAGGGAGCCAGAAUCGGCUUCUUCCAGGGAGAUAUUCGUCUGCUGUCAGAUGAUCUGACCACACUAAAACCUACUGUGUUCCCUGUGGUACCCCGACUCCUAAAUAGAAUGUAUGAUAAGAUUUUGGGGCAGGCCAACACCUCCUUGAAGCGCUGGCUGCUGGAAUUUGCCUACAGGAGGAAGGAGGCAGAGAUGAAGAAAGGCAUCAUGAGGAGAGACACUAUCUGGGAUCGACUCAUCUUCCGGAAGGUCCAGGCCAGCCUUGGAGGUCGCGUGCGUCUCAUACUAACCGGAGCUGCUCCCAUCUCUCCUGCUGUCCUCACCUUCCUCAGAGCUGCAAUGGGCUGUCAGUUCUAUGAAGGCUACGGACAAACGGAGUGUACUGCUGGAUGCACCAUGACCAUGCCUGGGGAAUGGGCUGCAGGUCACGUUGGAGCUCCUCUGCCAUGUAACUCACUUAAAGUGGUGGAUGUGCCUGAGAUGAACUACCUGGCUGCAAACGGAGAGGGAGAGGUGUGUGUGAAGGGUCCUAACGUGUUCCUGGGCUAUCUGAAGGACCCCGAGAAGACUGCGGAGGCUAUUGAUGCAGAUGGAUGGCUUCACACUGGGGACAUUGGAAAAUGGCUUCCUAACGGCACGCUAAAGAUCGUGGACAGGAAGAAGCACAUUUUUAAGCUGGCACAGGGGGAGUACAUUGCUCCUGAGAAGAUAGAGAAUGUCUACAUUAGGAGUGAUGCAUUGGCACAGGUCUUUGUGCAUGGAGACAGUCUGCAGGCAUGUCUGGUAGCAGUGGUGGUGCCUGAUCCCGACUUCCUGUGUGGCUGGGCCAAGAGGACCAUGGGGCUUGAGGGCAGCUACCAGGAACUAUGUGGCAGAGCGGAUGUCAAGAGAGCCAUCAUGGAGGAUAUGAUACGACUGGGCAAGGAAGGAGGCCUCAAGUCCUUUGAGCAGGUGAAGGCCAUCUACGUCCACACCGAACUGUUCUCAGUCGAGUCCGGCCUGCUCACUCCGACCCUGAAGGCCAAGAGGAACGAUCUGCGGCAACACUUCAGAUCCCAGAUAGACGAGCUGUACGCUGGGAUCAAAAUGUAGACGGAGAGGAGGAGAGCAAACUGUAAUAACAGACACUAAAGCUCCACCAAAGGUGUUUUUAGAUGAAGGGAAAAGGUAGACCACACGUGGGGAAGCAAAUGAAGAGAUCCUGUCAGACCUUGAGGAUUAUCAUCUGUUGAGUCCUCAUGCUCAGUAACAUGAGAAACAACAGGAACAGUAGGCGACAUAGCUUUUAACAGAAUUUGAUUCAGAGCGUUUAGAACAUAAUUAAUGGCCUAUAGGGUCUAUGGCACAGAAUACAUGACCUCUGAAGGUGCGGAGUAGAUUUUAUGCGUAAAAUAAUAUUGUCUAUGAUGAAAUACAUUUGCCUAAGCCAUGUACAGUACGAAUUCAGAGAUAAUAUGUUGAUUUUUUAAUCAGCUGUUUUGCUGAUAAUAGUUCCAUUAAGGGUGUUUUAAAGGGAAAUGUCAAAGUGCAGCUCAGACUUCUCAGGACUUUAGUGUCAAAAACCACACACAGCACCUCCUACACACACACACACACACACACACACACACGCCUUUUAACUUCAAGGAUAAAGACGGAAGACUCAGGCCACUAAAACGGGUUCACUGAGGGUCAAAUUUGGAUGAGGAGCCAUGUUGAUCACUGUAACCCAAACAGCUGUACACACCACAAUUUAAAGUUUUCAGAUCCAGGAUGAGAUUUAUUUGUCAGAUGUUGUUGUUUUAUUUUACUAUGUUUAUUGAGUUUCUUUGGUAGAGAUGUGAAAUCUCCUAUGGAUGACAAGAUUGUUAGUGUCCUUAAAUCUGUUAACGAAUAAGAUGAAGUUCGGUUAGGACCUGGGGAACCAGCAGAGUAAGCCAUAUUAAAGAUAACCUAAACAAAGCUAACUGUAAACAGGGGAUUCAGGUGCUUGAGAACAGCCAGGGAUACUGUCAAUGUUUUAAUUUAUUUAUGUUGCUAACACAAAGGGAAAAGAUUUGCUGUAGGAACCAGUUUUCUUAAAUUAUUAUAAUAUGCUGCCAUAGGGUGAAAUACACAUAUACAUUAAAAAUGACAUUGUUCACAACCCGAAUUAAAUCCUUUUGAAUGUUCGUAGUUUUAAUUUCAUGGGAGAUCCUUUGAUCCUUUGGUCUUGCUGUAAUUUUUUUGUUGUCACCUCAUUUGUUUUGUAAAAAAAUUUAAUUAAAAAUCAUUUAAAGAGC